GCGUGGCCUUGCAGGACAGGCGGAUAAGAGGCACCGGGCGGGCACGGCAGGCGUGGCUGGCAGCGGGUCGCUGAGGCGGGUGGGGCUGUCCUCAGGCCUCCGGGAGGGCGGUUGCUGGGGUUGAGAUACCCAGUCACUGCUCCCUGCCCUCAGUAAGCCGAGCUACCUCGCCGGCGCCACUAUGACAGGCAGCCGCUGUGUCCCGGUGCUCCUGGCCGCCUGGCUCGCGGCAGCAGCGGCCGAGGGCCUCCAGCAGGCCGCGCUGCCGGCGGAGGAGAGCCGGGUGCAGCCCAUGACCGCCUCCAACUGGACGCUGGUGAUGGAAGGCGAGUGGAUGCUGAAAUUUUAUGCACCGUGGUGUCCAUCUUGCCAGCAGACUGAUUCUGAAUGGGAGACUUUCGCAAAGAAUGGAGAAACACUUCAGAUCAGUGUGGGAAAGGUGGAUGUCAUUCAAGAACCAGGUUUGAGCGGCCGCUUCUUUGUCACUACUCUCCCAGCAUUUUUUCAUGCAAAAGAUGGGAUAUUCCGUCGUUACCGUGGCCCAGGAAUCUAUGAAGACUUACAGAAUUACAUCUUAGAGAAGAAAUGGCAAUCAGUUGAGCCUCUGACUGGCUGGAAGUCCCCAGCUUCUCUAACGAUGUCUGGAAUGGCUGGUCUUUUUAGCAUCUCUGGCAAGAUUUGGCACCUUCACAACUAUUUCACGGUGACUCUUGGAAUUCCUGCCUGGUGUUCUUAUGUCUUUUUCGUCAUUGCCACUUUGGUGUUUGGACUGUUCAUGGGUCUGGUCCUGGUAGUGAUCUCAGAGUGCUUCUAUGUGCCACUUCCAAGAGUUUCAUCUGAGCACUCUGAGCAGGGUCAGAGGCCAGAGGGGGUUCGAGGAACUGAACAGCUGCAGGAUGCAGAGGAAGAAAAGGAUGACUCAAAUGAAGAAGACAACAAAGGCAGUCUUGUGGACGAUGAGGAGGAGAAAGAGGACCUUGGAGAUGAGGAUGAAGCAGAGGAAUACGAGGAAGAGGACAACCUGACAGGCAGCAUGGAUGAGGAGAGAAGUGACGCCAAUGACCAAGGAGUGCUGCAGGAAGGCAGUGUGUCCCAGGAGGAACUCGAUGAAGCUCAUUCAGCCGACACACAGGAGGUGGUAGAAGACUCACUGAGGCAGCGCAAGAGUCAGCAUGCAAACAAGGGAACAUAGGUUUCAUGAUGCCAUUUCUAAAAAUAUAGGCCAGAAAAUAAGUCUGCUUUUCUCUGGUCUGCAGUUUAAGCCAAAUCCUUAGUUCUUAUUUAUUUUUUAAUUUUUUUUUCCUGAAUGAGCAAUGUUCACUCUUAAAAGAUGAACUCUGGUCCUGUAGUCACAUGGUAGUAAGCUUCUGUGUCCUAAAGAGAGUCAGGGACAGCACUCAGCCACCAUGGUGUAAGGAUCUUCGUGGGGCCUUAUGUGGAAAAUAAAUUGAUAUGAUUGGGGGCCAAAGAGUCAACCAGAGGACUCUCUCCAGUCCUCCGUAGCACCUUUAGAAAUGAGACUGCUGGCUUAAAUAGAGAGCAGAGCCACAUUACUCCUGAGCAUCCUUGAAGUACAGGAAGAGUCUUCCUUGUUUUUGUCAUGGAAGAAACACUGGGUACCAUAAACUCCCAGACACUGUCUUGGGGCUAGAAAUUCUAGAGACCUGGACAUAGAUACGACUUCAAAAAGAAGCUGGAGAGUCAUCUGAGCUCUCUUGUCUUUUAUUUCUUACCUUUAAUUCUGGUGACUUCACUGUGGAACUGAAGACUGCCAUAUGUUUCAUAACUGCUCUGUAUUGAGAGCAGCAGACAGCAGGAGCCUGUAUCCGUUACCCUUAUUCAACUUAAAGAUACAGGUAAUCAGUAACCGUGGCUGAUGAGGCUUAGACUGCUAAGUAUCUCAAGGACAUGCUGUAUUCUUUAGCAAUUCAAAAGAUAGUGGUGGUUUCAUAGGACAGGUAUAAACAAACAACUGGUUUUGAUUAGCUUGUAGUACUUCCAGGAUAACUUCUUCAAGAGUUCCUUUAGCCAUGUUCUUUGUGUUUCUGAACCCCAAAGUACUUUUUGCCUUGUUAUUACAAGGUAGUUCUGUGAAGCCAACUUCAAGUUUGUGUUGUUUAUUUUCCAUCUCCAGGGUUCUCUGCCUCUGGAACCAUGUUAAUAAUAACUGAAAAGCAUGUCUGCUUUUCUUUCAGUGAUGUGUUUUUAGUGAACAAAAUUGAGGAAAGUCAAUAUCAAGAGUGAAAGAUUAUUGUUUCUAUCUCCCCAACCCUCUAGAGAAUUGUAUCAUUAUAAAUCUCUCCCUACUUAAUCUGGUAUCAAUAUCAAGGGAAACUAGCUUCUUAAAAACAUAUCUCCAAAUCCUCUCUUACCCUCGCAUGUCUCAGAAUAAAUUCAUAAAAUUAGAUUCUAGGUGUAUGAAAGAUGCCUAAAGUUAAUCUUAUACACAACCCCUGGGUUGAGUCAGCAUAAUGAGUACAGGUUUGUGGAAUUCAAAUGUUUAUGUCAUUUUUAAGAAGGGAUAUGCAUUUAUCUGUUUAGAUAACCCUUUCUCUGCAUGAGCUGCUAACAGGAAGCCCAGUGCGGGUGGCGGUUCAGAGUCUGCCUUCCCGUACUGCAUGAGGCUGUUACAAACCUCGAGCAAAGAAGAUUUUAUUGUGACAAUCCAUUCUUUAUAAAUGUUUUUGUUUCCUCUUUGUAACUUAGUUAACUAUGAGCUCCAGGCUGAGGCCAUCACAGAACUGAAGUGGUAGUAAUAGACCUUCCUGCCCUCCCAUGUUCCUGCCUUCUGACACAUCUUUACUCAAAAGAGCCCUCGUUCUGUGGUGGCUGUUCUCUUCCUGCUAGAGCUGAGAUGCACUUCUCCUGUGCCGGGUCUCCUUGCCUUGUGACCAGGUGCAUGGAGUGUUCAAGGAGUAGGAACUCAAGCCCAGAGCAGCAGGAAAGGGAAGGCUCCGUGUCUCUGUUCUGUGUAGUACCCUCCUCCAAACUGAGUACAGGGUUUUAACGGGGUGUUUGGCUAGAGGGAAGGCUUGAAGAAUCAGCCUGCCUUGGCCUUUAGAAAUGUUUCAAAACCAGUUUCCCAUUGGACCCCAUAUAGUACCUAAUUGUACAAUGAGAUAAUACAUUUCCUUUCUUAAUAAUACUUACAAUAAAUAGGAGGGUAGGAGAAAAAAAGUCAUAGAGAAGAGGGUCCAGUCUAGUAAAAUUAUAUUUAUCUAUAGAAAUCAUUUUUUUAUC